CAGCUCCCUAUCCGGUUAUUAAAACGGCCGAAACCGGUCCUCUCCGGUCCGGACUUUAGGAGAACACUGAGCUUGGGUAUUAUCGUCCCUUCCCGUUCACCUCCGGACUUUCCAAAGUCCCCACAGCAUCAACAAAACCCUCCUCUCUUCUUUAAAUCCCAACACCUCUUAUCUCCUCCUUCUGGCGACGUUCUCAUUUCAGAAGACCUUGAAAGCUCUCAUGGCUACCGGAACUGCCUCAAUUGCCUUCAAUCCUCCCGCCGCAUCUGCUAAGGCUUCUCUUUUCGGAGCCCGAUCCGUUCAGAUGAUCUCUCCGUUCCGGCGCUGUUGUCCGACCGUCUCCGGUGGUAUUCGAUCGAUGCAGCUGAUUCGACCUUGCUCCCUUCUGCAUUCCAGAUCCGAGAGUUUCUCUGGUGUAAGAACACAGGUUGCUGCUGUUGAACAAGCUAGUGUUGAAGUGCCUCAAAACGUGGAAUCUCCUGUUGUGAUCAUCACUGGAGCUUCUAGAGGAAUUGGCAAAGCAAUAGCUUUAGCCCUGGGCAAAGCUGGCUGUAAGGUACUUGUAAAUUAUGCAAGGUCAUCAAAGGAGGCUGAAGAAGUUUCCAAAGAGAUUGAAGCUUUGGGUGGUCAAGCCCUUACAUAUGGGGGAGAUGUUUCGAAAGAAGCUGAUGUGGAAUCUAUGAUCAAAACAGCAGUUGAUGCAUGGGGAACAGUCGAUAUAUUAAUAAACAAUGCAGGAAUUACUCGGGAUACAUUGAUGAUGAGAAUGAAGAAAUCCCAGUGGCAGGAAGUUAUUGAUUUGAAUCUUACUGGUGUAUUUCUCUGUACACAGGCUGCAACCAAAAUAAUGAUGAAAAAGAAAAAGGGAAGAAUUGUCAAUAUAGCAUCUGUGGUUGGUCUUGUUGGAAAUGUUGGGCAAGCCAACUACAGUGCUGCAAAAGCUGGGGUGAUUGGCUUAACCAAGACUGUUGCAAAGGAAUAUGCAAGUAGAAAUAUCACUGUGAAUGCUGUAGCCCCUGGAUUCAUUGCAUCUGAUAUGACUGCCAAGCUUGGAGAAGACAUUGAGAAGAAAAUCCUGGCAACCAUCCCCUUAGGGAGGUAUGGCCAGCCAGAAGAAGUUGCUGGAUUGGUGGAAUUCUUGGCACUUAGUCCGGCAGCCAGUUACAUUACUGGACAGGUGUUUACAAUCGAUGGAGGUAUGGUCAUGUAGGCUUGGACAUUCUCUUAGAAGCUGGAUAAUAAAAUGCUUUCCCAAUUUGUUGGUUUCAAAGUGGCAUCAUCAAAGUUCAAGGUUUUAAUCUCUGCUUGGGACGGAGAAUCUCUGUGAUGGUUGAUGGGCUGCUUCAGAUACGACGGUGAAUGGAAUAGAGUCCAUAGAUGAGUAAUUCGCUAGAGGUAGUCAUACAAAGAAAGUGAACUUUUCCUGCAGUUUAUGUUGAUUUUAAAGGCAAACAUCAUGGAAACUAGGAGUAAUCAAAAUGCGGCUGCGGAAGCUGAGUUGGGUUAUAUUUCUGAAAAUGCCAAGCUCGUCUGACAUUCUCAUCUGUCCUGUUGUUCAGCUCAGCUGAUCUGAGCUGGUGGAGUUGGCAUACUAGCUUCAUGUUUUUUGUUUAUUUGAAAUGUAUAUGGACUGGUUACGAUGGAACCGGUCAUGGAUGGAUUGAUCAUGCCCCAAAAAUCUCUUAGAUUAAAAGGUCCUAGCCAUACAA